CAUGCAGCUAUGAAAAGAGAAGACCCGGAAACAACAGAGGGGAGUACCAGCACACACAUCGCCAAGUCGGGUUCCCAGCCGACAUCCAGACUCCAGCAUCCCUGCAAAAUCCCAAAUGAGGUCCAUCUGGACCCCCAGCGAGGAAAGAAUCCCGGGCUCUGCGUCCACCCCAAGGGUGAGACUUCACACUGGGGUUAUGGGGGCUCCCAUUUAUAA